GGCCGGGGCGAGCUGCCUGUGCUACGGCCGCUCCCUGCGGGGCGAGUUCGUGCACGACGACGUGUGGGCGAUCGUGAACAACCCCGACGUGCGGCCCGGCGCCCCGCUGCGCUGGGGCAUCUUCUCCAACGACUUCUGGGGCAAGGGCAUGGCCGAGAACACCAGCCACAAGUCCUACCGGCCGCUGUGCGUCCUCACCUUCAAGCUAAACACAUUUCUGACGGGCAUGAACCCAUUCUACUUCCAUGCAGUGAAUGUCGUCUUACACUGCCUUGUGACCCUCGUGCUGAUGUACACCUGUGACAAAACUGUCUUCAAGAAUCGUGGGCUCGCUUUUGUUACGGCGUUGCUUUUUGCUGUGCAUCCCAUUCACACCGAGGCAGUGGCUGGAAUUGUGGGCAGAGCUGACGUGUUAGCGUGCCUGCUGUUUCUGCUCGCCUUUCUCUCCUACAAUAGGAGUGUGGACCAGUGCUGUGCUGGGGAGCGCGUCCCUCCCACGGCUUCCCCCUUCUUCCUGCUGCUCAGUUUGUUUCUGGGGACUUGCGCGAUGCUGGUAAAAGAGACGGGCAUCACGGUGUUUGGCGUGUGCUUGGUUUACGAUCUCUUCUCCCUGUCCCACAAUCACGACAAAUCGUAUCUGACAGCAAGCAGCAACAGAAAUUUCCUGCUUACUAUGAGGCCGUUCUUAAAAAGGGCCGUCUUGGUCAUAAGUUAUGUGGUGGUGGUUUUGUACUUCCGUCUGUGGAUCAUGGGAGGGUCUAUGCCCCUCUUUUCAGAGCAGGAUAAUCCAGCCUCAUUUUCGCCUUACAUUCUUACAAGAUUCCUUACCUAUUCCUACCUCUUGGCCUUCAACGUGUGGCUUCUGCUUGCACCUGUCACCCUGUGCUAUGACUGGCAGGUGGGCAGUAUUCCUCUGGUAGAGACCAUAUGGGACAUGCGGAACUUAGCCACCAUCCUUCUGGCCGUUGUCAUGGCCGUACUGAGCCUUCAUUGUUUAGCAGCCUUCAAGAGGCUGGAGCACAGGGAAGUCCUGGCCGGCUUGCUGUUCCUGGUUUUCCCGUUCAUCCCGGCCAGCAACCUCUUCUUCAGGGUGGGUUUCGUGGUGGCCGAGAGAGUCCUGUACAUGCCUAGCAUGGGCUACUGCAUCCUCGUCGUGCACGGACUGAGCAAACUCUGCACGUGGCUGAACCGGUGUGGGGCCACCGCCCUGAGUGUGUCCACCGUGCUGCUGCUGUUGCUCUUCUCUUGGAAAACCGUAAAACAGAAUGAAAUCUGGCUGUCGAGAGAGUCCCUAUUCAGGUCUGGAGUUCAAACUCUGCCCCACAAUGCCAAGGUCCACUACAACUACGCCAAUUUCCUGAAGGACCAGGGUCGGGACAGGGAAGCCAUCUACCACUACAGGACGGCCCUCAGGUUGUAUCCGCGCCACGCAAGUGCCCUGAACAACCUUGGAACGCUGACCAGGGACACGGCAGAGGCGAAGAUGUACUAUGAGAGGGCUCUCCAGCUCAACCCGCAGCACAACCGGGCUCUCUUCAACCUCGGGAAUCUCCUUAAGUCUCAGGAGAAAAGGGAAGAGGCGAUCACCUUACUGAAGGAUUCCAUUAAAUAUGGUCCCGAGUUUGCAGAUGCAUAUUCAAGUUUAGCUUCAUUAUUGGCUGAGCAGGAGAGAUUUAAGGAAGCUGAGGAGAUAUACCAGGCUGGAAUAAAGAACUGUCCCGACAGCUCAGACCUACACAACAACUAUGGGGUUUUCCUAGUUGACACGGGCGCCCCAGAGAAGGCAGUGGCCCAUUACCAACAGGCCAUCAGGCUGAGCCCCAGUCACCACGUGGCCAUGGUGAACCUGGGGAGACUCUGCAGGUCGCUGGGAGACAACAGUGAGGCUGAAGAAUGGUACAAACGUGCCCUGCAGGUGGCCCACAGAGCUGAGAUACUAGCCCCUCUGGGGGCGCUGUAUUACAACACUGGCAGAUACGAGGAAGCUUUGCGGGUUUACCGGGAAGCCACGGCGCUCCAGCCUUCCCAGAGGGAACUCCGCCUGGCUCUGGCUCAGGUUUUGGCCGUGAUGGGUCAGACAAAAGAAGCUGAAAAAAUGACCAAUCACAUCGUGUCGGAGGAGACGGGGUGCCUGGAAUGCUAUCGCCUGCUGUCGGCCAUCUACAGCAAACAGGAGCUGCACGAGAAGGCCCUUGAUGCUAUAGACAAGGCUCUCAAGCUGAAACCAAAGGACCCCAAAGUUAUAUCUGAACUUUUUUUCACAAAAGGAAACCAACUCAGAGAGCAGAACUUUCUUGACAAAGCUUUUGAGGUCAAGGCCAGCGAGAAACGCUGCGCUCUGACAGAAACCACGUGGAUUCCCGGCAGGCAUCUCAGUCUCUUGAAGCCCAGAGAGCUACAGAGCGGCCGUGGAACUCAACCCAGAUCAAGCCCAGGCCUGGAUGAACAUGGGUGGGAUUCAGCACAUCAAGGGAAACUAUGUGUCUGCAAGAGCUUAUUAUGAGACAGCCUUACAGCUGGUUCCAGACAGCAAACUGCUACAGGAGAACCUCGCCAAAUUGGAUCGGCUAGAAAAAAGGCUUCAAGAAGUUCGAGAAAAGGACCAAACGUAGCAGCAUUUGACCCAGUCUCGAGGGACAGUGCCGGUGCCUUUGGAAGAGGAGGAAGGGACGGAAGCCUCGGCUUUCACAUCCUUGGGGGACAACCACUGAAGCUGCUUCUCACUCGGAGCUCAGGGGGGCACGUCUGGGGACACCUGCUGGAAACCCUGUGCUGGGGACUUGCAAUUCCAUGAAAGACAAAAAGAGCGAGCCUGGGCUGGGCGGCCUGAGAGGGAAGGCUAGCAGACUGUACCUUUUACAGAUGUUUUUGUUUCCUUUAAUUCCAGAUUUCCUUUCAUACGUUUGCCUGCUUUUCCGACCCGGAAGUCUAAUUCCGUUGCUUAGCUUAGACAUUUCCGUCCCAGAAAUAGGGGCUUGAAAUGCUACAAAGUCAGAGCUUCUCUUCUUUAUGAGAUGAGCUCUUUCAAAGAGGAUGAAUCCUCUAGAAUAAACCAUUUGGGAAAUUGUACCAAGAGGGAGCUCAUUUAAUUCUCUAGAACCAAAAAUGAGUACCACGUAGUUUUUGUAAAAUCUUCUGGAAUAUACAGGGGAAAAGGGCUAUUGAUAAGUGAGCUUUAUCUAAUACCCUUCUGAGGACAUCACUAGAGCCCUAUUGAGAAGUAAAUUAACUUCCACCCUGAAAUGAGCUGUUUUCCCACUGCCUCAUAUAUCAAAAAGGAAGCUUCUGGAAUUGUAUAUGGAUCUUUUUAUUCCAAGGGGGCAGUCAAGGAUCUUGGUACCCCUAAUUCUUUAUGGAAAUGUUUUAAAUUAUUUUAAUUUUAUUACAAGUAUUACCAGAGAGGUGGUUCUGCUCUAAGAUUUCAUAAGUGCUUUUAAAAUCAUACAUGUUUCCGCUUCCAAAUAUACUGUUAUUUUGGUGAAGAAAAAAAUAGUAUAUUCUACGUGAGAAAUAUUAAAGAUAUUAAUUGAGAGAAAUGUUCUACUUUGUUAUCUUAACAUUCAGACGUCCUGAGAUGAUUAUUUUUUGAAAAUAUAUUUAACCAUUAAGGAAUCUUUAUAGUAUAUUACAGAAGUCUUCAUAGACUUUAAAUAGAUGGAAGGGAAGCUCUGUUGGUUUGUCUGGGCUUUAAUGAGAAUUCUGUGCUUAGAACAUGAGCGAUGGAACCCAGAGUUCCUGGUUCUGUAUUUGUAAUUUUGGAGAUUUCAUGGAGAAUGCUCAACAAAUCUGGGGGAAAAGUCUAAAUUCAUAAUUUUAAAAGAUACCUAUUUAUAUUUAAAAGAUAGGGUUGGCAAAGUUGAACUUACAAUUUGACAUUUGUCUUGGGGUUAUUUAUUUCCUAACUUAUAAAAUGUUUAAUAUAUACACACAUUUUUUUUCCCUCUGUACAUAGUGGUUUUUAACAGCAGCAUUCACAACUGAUGACACAACAAUUUUAAAGCUAAAUCACAAAGAAGUUUAGUUUUAACAGCCCCUCAAAAAACGUGGAUCGAUUAUUCACUUGCAAAAGCUGAAGAAAUUAGGAACCAGCUUCAGUGUUGGGACGAUAAUAUAUUUUGGAAUCGAAGAAAUUGGAACACAUGAUCCUAAUUUGGUUUUCAUCAUAAACUUUAAAAAAAAAAACAAAACCCACUGCGGGCAGUGCUGGUAAGUCAGGUAUCCUAUAAAUGUUGUAGCCUAAAGCGUAUGUGAUGCUCAGGCCAAAGCAAAAAGCCUUCUGCUGCUUUUCAACCUCGGUAUCAGAAAGCACUGCCUCUCUCUGUUUUUAUUUUUUUGUCAAGGUAAAUCUAGAUAAAAGGAAGAAAACCUUCCUUGGACACGGAUGAUGCCAGGAAUAUUUUAAAUGCAGAGGAUUACAGAAUUUGCAUUAGCCUACAUCAGUUUGUGAGCGUCAGUAACCCAAUAAUGUAUAUCUUACCACUAUGAUCUUCUAUUUCUAAUGGUCUUUUAAUGUAAUCUGUCAGAAAUUUAUCCAAAAUUUUAUUUAAAAUCUUUUUCUCCCCCUCCCAAAUGACUCUUCUAUAGUCCUAAGGUCAAGAAAUGUACCGCAGUGUUUAUUAUAAAAUGACUAUCCCCCCCUUCCAAUAGGAAAACGUGAAGCGCUAGCUAAAAGCAGGAUCUAAGGACUUGAAUUACAAUUUUCUAGAAUAAUCUGUAAUGAAAAUGCAUGCUUAGAAAGUUAAUGGGAAAGGCUGAGCCCCUGAUUUUGAAAACAAUUAAUGCCUUAAUUGAAGUGCUGCUAAAGAUGUAAGAGUACCUUUGUUGGAAUAAAUGUGAGAUGGCUUGUUAACAGCCUAAAACUGUCUGAGAAAAGCGUCACAUGGCCUUCAGGAGACUUCUGCCUUCUUUUGGGUGUUUCUCUGUCUCUCUCCCUCUGUCACUCUGUCUCAUUCUGUCUGCACACACUGGCAUCUCUUUGAACAUUAAAAGCGAGCACUGUUUGUUGGAUCAAUCAGAUAUUUUCAUCUGAGUUAAUACCCUCACUGAGAUGUGACCAAUGAAGUAGUUUUCCUAGUCGAAUGGUGCCUAUAAGAAAAUAAAUCACAUAUUAUUUUUCAAAGAUGUUAAGUGUAUUUUAUAACUUUUUAUUUGUUCUUGUAACAUGAAAUAUGGGGGAUUCAUCCUUAUCAAAACAAAAACGGAGUGCCCUGGCUAGCCACGGAGAUGCCGCCAGGUCCCCUUAACAAAAGUGCACUUGGCACGUGAGUCGGUAGCCCCUCCCUGCGAUGGGAUUGAGGGGCGAGCUUUCAUGCAGACCCUCGGAGUUCUGCACUCAGAAGCACCUUGUGUUUGAUUGAAUGCUCUGCUUGAAAUUUUUCGUAAUUUUUGAACAAGGGGUCCUGCGAUUCCAUUUUGCACUGGAUCCUGGGUAGGUGGGAAGGUGGCUGAGGACAAGACAGGCAUUGCUUCAGUCUGGCUGAACCCUUGAGCUGAUGAUCACUUUCAUUUGUGACUGUUACUCCGAGCAGCAUUUGCUCAGCUACAUUUAGAGUUCCAUGCGCACGGAUAUUCCCCGCCUACUGCCUGUCUGUCUAACCUGUCCUACUGUCCUGCCUAGAACCAGUUCUCCCUGCCUUCACAUUCACCAUAAGUGACAGUCCUCUCACCGUCCUUUGACCUAGGAGCCAUGAGAAUGGCUUCACAAGCUUAUUUCAGCCUUAGGAAUUAUUCAGGAUUUUUUAAAAGAUUCAGAUGUUUUCAAUCUGUUAACGGUAUACAUGAAAAAUGGUUCAGUGAUGUAGCAAAAGUGAACUAAACCAAAGAUUCAAAUACCCUAGAGGAAAAGAAAUUUUAUCUUAGGGGAUCUUGAGACCUAUUCUUUUGGGUCUGUUUAUUUUGAAGCCUGUCACAAAGCAAAGAGGAUUGCCAGCACUUGGAUUCCAACUCCCCACGGUUCCUCGCUGCCCCCAGCAGGAAGGGUCCGGCGUGCUAACACGUGGUACCUCGUCGGAUGCUGGGUUUUGCAGCGGUUAUGCAAAUACUGCUGUGCAACUGCAUUCAACAAGAGUAAAUGGGAAAAUCCAAACCGUUCCAUUCCAAGUAACCUUAAAAACUGUCAUUGGAGGGGGAAUAAAAAGCAAAUGUGGAUUUCUUCUUGUCUCUGUGAAACCUUCCAGGCUCCUCAGAUUGAAGAGCCACAUUCAGCUAGUAGCUGAGAUCUCUUCUCUCACACACAGGUUCUCUCUGCCCCUAGACGGGCUUUAGGAUAGCCUGCACACCUUUGAAAAUCCCCGGACACAGCCACCCAGGCAAUGAUUCCAAUAUGCAGCUAGGCUGGAGAACCACUGCAGGCUAAUAACUUUAAGAAGAGUUUAUGACUUUUACAAAAGUCAAUGUAUAUGAUCUUUUGCAAUAUUAACUUUUAAAUGUAGACUAAAAUGAGCCAAAGAAUUCUAAAGAAUGACUCAUGGCACGGUUGGUUGAGGCUGCCAUGCUAAGGUUGACAAACAGGUGGGUUGGGUGAGGUGAUUCUGCAUUUGUGGCAAUUGGACUGUAAUUUGACCUUAUAUGUAUAGAAUUCUUGGUUCUCAGAUGGGGAGGAAUUGCCUUGCCAUAGCAUGGACCAGACAAGGUACCCAGUAUAUAAAACUAUUUUUUAUAACUCACGUAAAGGGUCCAUGACAUAGAGUUUAUGCCUACACCUGUGUGUCUCUUUCUUUGGGUCACACAUUUCAGCUUUGGUUAUUAUUUCUUAAUUGUACUUACUAGAACCAGUUAAAAAACACUUUUGCUAAGACUUGUGAUGGAUUUGCAGCUUAGAGCAAUAAAUCUAUAGGAUAUUAGUAACACAGUCAAAGCAAAUGUAGUUAUGUUUUGUUUAUUUUAAUUUUUAUUCUGAUUUCCAGAGCAUGUUUACUUUGAUUAAAUUGUAUGUUAGUAUCUCUCAAUAGCAGCAAAACUUAAUCUAAAUAACAUCUUUUGACACCUUAAAAGAGGGGGGAGGGUAUAGCUCAGCAUGCAUGAGGUCCUGGGUUCAAUCCCCAGCACCUCCUCCAAUAAAAAUAAACCUAAUUACCUCCCCCCACCCCACCAAAAUAAAACAGUACAAUAAUAUAAUAAUACAUAAAUAAAAUAUUUUUAAAAGAGUAAAUACCCAACGAAUCCUAUAUUCAGGUUGUAAUUAAGAUAGAAAAGUUAGAAUGCCAAAAAUAAUAUGGGGAAAUAUUAUAACUUCUUGAUUUUUCUUGAAGUUUUUGAUGUGAAGAGUAUGUUGAACAGUUCCUCCAAAAACAGCACUUCCUUCCUUAUUUUUGUUUUUUAGUAACCAUAUAAUUUAAAGAAAAGAAAGAAAACUUCAAUCAAAGAAAUAAAAUAACUUCAAUCAAAGCUGUGGUUAAUAGCAGUAAAAUCAAAUGUCACAACAAAACCAACAUCUAUCAAUUGGCUCAUAUAAAAAUGUUCCAUUUUUAUCACCAAAGGAUCCUUUCAAUUAAAACCUUCAGGGCAUGCAACAUGUAAAAUUAGCACCCACCACAAGAUCUGGUCAUUGUCAGUUUCUAAGUUUAGACCAACAUUUAUACCCCAAACUGAAAAGAUGUGUGUAUGUCCAGAAAUCCUGGAGAUUUAUCCCAUUCUCAGUGGUGCACAUGCAUUUUUGCAUAUUUGUAACCCCUUUGGAAGUCUCCAGUGUGCAUAAUAUCCUUUUGGGGUUGUCUUGCUGGCCCACAGGAGGGGGCGAACCAGUCCAAGAAUCAGGAGAUCUGGGUUCUAGUCCUGCUCUACCACGAGGAGCCGCCUCACUCCGGACAAGUUAUCAAAUGUCUCCAUCACGUUUAACCAUUAAAGGACUGGUUAGCUCUGCGGAGCUCCGUGAGUCUCCUGUGUCCAAACAGAAAGCCCUCUGCCUCUGAAGACAUAACUGAUAAGUGUUGCCCUUUGUUUUAGCACUCCUUAAGACAAAACACGUACACAAACAACCCUAAAAGUCACUGAGCUGCCCGAAUGCUUGACUGUACCAGAGGUAACCACUUACUUUGCAGUCUGGACACAUAAAAUGAGUGAUUUCAUUAUGCUUCUGGGGAAAAAAAUUUUUUUUAACUUCCUCCUAAGCAAUUCGAGUAUCUGUAGAAGCCAUGGCUUGCUCUUAUAAUGUGGAAAUCCUUUGACUUGUGACUCGCCCAGGCUUCCUUUUUUUCAGACGAAAUUCUUGCCUCGUGGUCUGUUCAUAACGCUUUACUAUGAUCAAUUGUAUCUAAAUGUACGUUUUUGUUCCUUUUGCUGUGCCAGUUCGAAAUCUUAUCUCCCAUAAAGUAUUUCUCCCAUUUCAGUCUGAGUAUGUACCCUUUGCCCGGGUCUUUCCAAAAUAAAAUUUAUGUAAAUGUCUAUUUUAUAUAAAAUAUGAUGAAA